AUGGCGGAUAUUGCGGCGGAGCUGGAGGAGGGGGGCAUGGUGAGGACGAUGAAGGAUUUGUUUGCGGGGGCUGCUGGGGGGGUUGCUCAGGUUCUUUUGGGCCAACCCUUCGACAUAGUAAAAGUCCGUCUCCAAACCACCACCCAAUACGCCAACGCGCUCGAAGCAGCCAAAACCAUCUACGCCAAAGAAGGCCCUCUCGCCUUCUACAAGGGCACCCUCACGCCCCUCAUCGGCAUCGGCGCCUGUGUAUCUGUACAAUUCGGCGCCUUCCACGAAGCCCGGCGCCGCUUCGAAGCCGCCAACACACGCAAGGACCCGCUGUCCCCAGGCCUAUCCUACGCACAGUACUAUGGCGCGGGAGCCUUCGCGGGCGUUGCGAAUUCCUUCAUCUCGGGCCCUAUUGAACACGUGAGGAUCCGGUUACAGACGCAACCUCACGGUGCGAAUAGGCUGUAUAGUGGGCCCUUGGAUUGUGUCCGGAAACUGUCUAGUCACGAAGGUGUCCUCAAGGGCCUGUAUCGCGGAGAAGCCGUCACGGUCCUCCGAGAAGCCCAGGCGUACGGCGUGUGGUUCCUGUCGUUCGAGUAUAUGAUGAACAGCGACGCGGCGCGCAACCGGAUCGCGCGGUCUGAGAUCCCCAGCUGGAAAGUUGCGUGGUAUGGCGGUUUGGCGGGAGAGGCGUUGUGGUUGGCGAGUUAUCCGUUUGAUGUGGUCAAGAGCAAGAUGCAAAGUGAUGGGUUUGGCGCCGAGAAGAAGUAUCGCAGUAUGCGGGACUGUUUUGCGCAGACGUGGAGGGCUGGGGGGAUGGGGGCGUUUUGGAAGGGUAUUGGUCCUACGCUGCUGAGGGCUAUGCCUGUUAGUGCGGGGACGUUUGCGGUUGUGGAGAUGACGAUGAGGGCUAUUAAUUAG